GACUCCUUCAGCAAUGGAGCUGCAGGUCACACUGAUCCUCAGCUGCCUGCUUUUCUCUACAGCGCUGGCACUGCAGUGUUAUCAGUGUAUAUCUAGUCCAUCAGGAAGUUGUGAAAGCACGGUGACGUAUUGUCCAGAUCAGUGUGGCAGCAUGACCACCACCAUGAACAUGGGUGGUACGUUUAUGAACAUCAGUGUAAAGUCUUGCAUGGCUGCUACACAGUGCAUCAACGGGAGUAUACAUGUGAUGAAUCAGCUAACAGCUAACAUCAUUACGGAGUGCUGCACUACCGACCUCUGCAACACGGAAACACCGCCAGUUCUGAUGAAUGAGACUUCCAAUGGACAGAAGUGUUACACUUGUGUUGGAGAGAACUGCACCAUGGAUUGUCAGGGAGGUCACUGCAUCAACACAUUAGAAACUGUGGAUUGUGUAGGAAAUGAAGAUCGCUGCAUUAAUAUGACAGUUAGUGCAUUUGGACUUACAAUAGCUAUGGAAGGAUGUGCAACCAAAAGUGUUUGUGACAUGGCUGCAGUCCAGGAAAUGAUGGGAUUAGGUGCAGAUGUGCAGUGCUGUGAGGGGAAUCUGUGUAACGCUGCUGAGAGCUUCACACUGAGUUUCCUCCUCAUGCUCAUCCCUCUGCUCUCCUCCAUCCUCUUCUACUGAGAUUGUUUUUAUUUUUUAUUACUAUUUUUGCUAAUCUCUCUCAUUUAUCUGUUUAACAGUUACAAAGAAUUAAUGCUGAUAAUGCUACGGGUCUAUGAUGAGCCAUUUUAAUAUCUUUUGGUAGUCUAACAGUAAACUGAACCUCUGUGCUGAAUUUAAAUGAAUAGAUGAUUGUGUUUUCAUGAAAGAGAAAUAAAAGGUAAAUAUGA